AUGGGGAGCUGUGGAACUCUGGUGAAGAUCUGGACAGCAGCUAUCGUCAUAGCAGCGCUGAUCUGGACAGGGACAGGUGAGGGGAAGGGAGUGUGUGUUAGGUGGUUAGAGGUGGAGGUACAUGGUUUUUGAAGUGAUUGCCAGGUCAAGAUGAUUUGUUUCUUUGAAAAUAUGUAAGUAUGAUGCUUACGAGGGAUGCCGCCGAAACGCAUCCGUUUGUUCUGACAUCUGCUGCAAAAAACAUAAUUAAAUAAUGUUUCAGUGAGUGUGGGUUGUUCCUUUCUUCAAGUAGACCUAUACUGUAUGCCUUUUGAAUCCAGCACGCAACAACUUUUUGUUACUACAGAUAUUUGAGCUGAUCAUGCCAAUUUUUCUUUCUAUUAAAAUAUGUAAGCAUGUCAUUAAUUUAAACUAUUCCCCCUCCUCAGUAGAUGGAGAGAAGCUGGUGUCGUGCUGUAAGACAGUGACCAGGAGCGAGGUGACUGAUCCAAUCACAGGCUACUGGACUCAGGCCUAUAACGCUCCCUGUGUACGGGCCGUCAUGUAAGGAACAGAUCUUUUAGUCUUUAUUUCAUUGAGGUUUUUCAAGUUUAGUCUCAUAUGUUGUCACAAAGUGCUUUACAGUAUGUGGUGGCUAUGUUGUGUCAAAGCCCCCAGACAUGUUAUGUCAAACCCCUUCAGUUUCAGUGUUAACGCUGAGUUUCUCCUGCAGCUUUGAGACGGAGAAGGGUCUGAUCUGUUGUCACUAUAAACAACCCUGGGUACGGCGCAAGAUUCAACAGUUUGAGUAAGUUAACUAUCAUAAACGCAAGCUCACACGUGCACACACACAGAGAAAGAACAAAAGAGAAAAGGAAACUGAUUGUGUAAUUUCUUUUCUUUUCUAGAAAGGCCCGCCGGAGCUCAAAAUCUCCCUCUCUCUCCUCCUUUCCCCCCUCUCUCACCUCCACCCCUACCACUUCCUCUCCUCCUUCAGUCAACUCUUCUCCCCCCUCUCUCACUUCCACCCUUACGUCUUUACCCUCCUCUCCUCCCUCUCUCUCCUCCUCUUCCAUCUCUCUCACCUCCACCUCUACCUCCCUACCCUCCUCUCCUCCCUCUCUCUCCUCCUCUCCUCUGUCUGUUUCCUCCUCUCUUCACUCGCUCUUCUCCUCUCUUUUCCUUGCUUCCCCCUCUUCUCCCUCC